AUGAUCUGGUUCACUACACUCAAUUCACUACUCGGUGCCUUUAUUGUCUUUCCACCUCGCGAUCCCCUCAAUCCCGCUUUACCUGCGCGGCCACCUUAUCCUUCAAUGGCCUCCCAAUUCCAUUCAGUACCAUACGUAUCCGACAUUGGAGCAAGUAAAGAAAUGCAGCCGGUAUUUAUAAUAGGUUGUGUUCUCACUACGUUCUUGCUCGCAGGCUGUUUUAUUGCAGAACGAGCACUUCGUCACCAAGGCCGCCUUGCAAGGAAUACGGAUAUGACUGAGAGAAUAGUGGCUUAUUUGAGUAUCGUGUCAGCUGGACUUGGAUCAAUGGGCCUGAUUUUCCUGAGCGUAUUCGAUGUUUGGAGAUAUAGGGGCGUACAUAUUACCAUGGUGGGUUUCUUCGUUGGUGGAUAUACUAUCAGUGCAUUCUUCCAGUUUUGGGAACAUUAUCGAAUGGGUCGUAAAUAUCGAGACACACAUGCGAACCUGAUGGUAUCAGCCUACACGAAACUAGUUUUUAUUGCUAUUGAGAGUAUCCUAGGUACAGCAUACUGGUAUGUCGUUAUAGCAAAGAACUGGGAUGCGGGUGCUGUUAUUGAAUGGGGUGUCUCCUACGUUUUCAGUUUUUACAUCCUUUCGUACCUUUUCGACUUCCUCCCAGCAUUGACUACGAAAGGGAAGGACUGUAGGUUUGGAAUUUACACGGAAGAUUCCAUGGUCCAGGUCAAUGGGCGCAGGGAGCGGGCUCAAGUCCGGGAGUUUACGGGAGUUGCACCGGGAUAA